GCACCUGGUCACACUUCACCGCGAGCAAAACAAAAUAAUCCACGUAAAAAGGUUGAUAUCCCGGCGUUUAUUUAUAAAUUAUUCGAUGUCAGCCGCUAGGAGCCAGGAAUACGACUGCACCACGAAGUGCAGGCACCGCCAGCAUGGAAACACUAUCACUGCAGCGCUGACAAAGCGCUCCAUUGACUACCAGAAGCUAGCGGCUUUUAUUUUCAAGACGUGCGGAAAUUUCGCCAAUAUAAUAGACGACCUGGGGCGCUCGGCGGUGCACAUGUCCGCCUCGACGGGGCGUUACGAGAUUCUGGAGUGGCUGCUCAACCACGGAGCCUACAUCAAUGGCCAGGAUUACGAAUCGGGAAGUAGUCCGCUGCACAGAGCCCUGUACUACGGCUCUAUAGAUUGCGCUGUACUGCUGCUCCGGUACGGUGCCAGUUGGGAGCUCCUGGACGAGGACACCAGGUGUCCGCUGCAGGCCAUCUGUCGAAAGUGCGAUGAUGACGACUUGGCCACAGAAUCCCAGAACGAUGUCCUCGUUUGGGGCUCCAACAAGAACUACAAUCUGGGCAUUGGCAAUGAGCAGAGCACCAACGCUCCGCAGGCGGUGGACUUCUUUCGCAAGUCCGGUCUUUUGCUGGAACAAGUUGCCCUGGGCACCUACCACAGCCUGUUCUGCGACAAGAAGGGACACCUGUACGCAGUGGGUCAUGGCAAAGGCGGUCGCCUGGGCAUCGGAGUCGAGGACAGUCUGCCCGCCCCCAAGCGCGUGAAGGUGUCGUCCAAACUGGGCGAUGACUCCAUAAGGUGCAUCAGCGUCUCCCGCCAACACUCACUGGUCCUCACAAGCCGCUCGCUGGUUUUCGCCUGCGGCUUAAACGCAGACCAUCAGUUGGGAGUGCGUGAUGCCACCGAGCAUCUCACCCAGUUCAAGGAAGUGGUCGCCUUGCGUGACAAAGGUGCCAGCGAGCUGGUGCGUGUGAUCGCCUGCGAUCAGCACUCAAUCGCCUACGGCAGCAGGUGCGUCUACGUGUGGGGGGCCAAUCAGGGUCAGUUUGGCAUCGGAGCCAACACGCCGACCAUCAUGGUGCCCACAUUGAUCAAGCUGCCUGCCAAGACCACAAUACGUUUUGUGGAGGCCAACAAUGCAGCCACGGUAAUUUACAGCGAAGAGAAGAUGAUCACUCUUUACUAUGCAGACAAGACUAGAUACAUUAAGACGCCCAACUACGAAGAUCUCAAGAGCGUAUCGGUUAUGGGUGGCCAUUUAAAGAACUCCGCCAAGGGCUCUGCGGCAGCUCUAAAGCUACUGAUGCUUACUGAAACCAAUGUGGUGUAUCUGUGGUACGAGAACACUCAGCAGUUUUACAGAUGCACUUUUUCACCUAUACGACUGCCUGACAUCAAGAAAAUCCUUUACAAGUGCAAUCAAGUGAUGGUCCUCUCUGAGGAUGGCUGCGUUUAUCGGGGGAAGUGCAACCAGAUCGCUCUGCCCAACUCUGCUCUGCAGGAAAAGUCAAAGCCCAACCUUGAUAUCUGGCAGAACAAUGAUCAGAACAAAACGGAAAUCUCCCGGGAGCACGUAAUCCGCAUAGAGCUGCAGCGACUGCCUAACAUUGACCGCGCCAACGACUUGUUUUGCGAUGAAGGUUUCUCAUCGUUUGCGGUUCUGCAGGAAUCCCACACCAAGUACUUCCGUAAACCCACACUGCCACGAAGGGAGCACAGCUUCAAAAAGCUGCUGCACGAGACCAGUGACUGUGAUGCUGUCCACGAUGUAGUGUUCCAUGUGGACGGAGAGAAGUUCGCGGCCCACAAGUUCAUAAUUUUCAGUCGGGCGCCAGGACUCAGAGAACUCAUACGCUGUUAUCUGGAUAGGGAUAUUUAUCUAAAUUUUGAGCAUUUGACGGGAAAGAUGUUUGAGGUGGUUCUGAAGCACAUCUACACGAAUUACUGGCCAACAGAAGAUGAUAUCGACUGCAUCCAGCAAAGUCUGGGGCCCGCGAAUCCUCAAGAGCGAACUCGCACCUGCCAGAUGUUCAUACCGCACCUUCAGAAGUUUCAACUAGUCGAACUGGCUAAGUACGUGCAAAGCUAUGUGCGUGACCAUCAAUUCCCACUGCCCAGUGCCCGCCAGCGCUUCAAUCGCAUGCAUCGUUCGGAUUAUCCAGAGCUCUACGAUGUAAGAAUUGUGUGCGAAGACGGGAAGGUCUUAGAAGCUCAUAAGUGCAUGUUAGUGGCACGGUUAGAGUACUUUGAGAUGAUGUUCAUGCACUCGUGGGCAGAGCGCUCCUCUGUCACCAUGGAAGGAGUCCCCGCGGAGUAUAUGGAGCCGGUUCUGGAUUAUCUAUACAGUUUAGAAACCGAAACCUUUUGCAAACAGGGUUAUCUGGAGACGUUCCUUUUCAAUAUGAUCACAAUUUGUGACCAGUACUUUAUUGAAUCGCUACAAAACGUGUGUGAAUCUCUCAUCCUAGACAAAAUCAGCAUACGAAAGUGCGGCGAGAUGCUUGAGUUUGCAGCUAUGUACAACUGCAAACUGCUGCAGAAGGGCUGCAUGGAUUUCAUUUGCCAGAAUCUAGCCAGAGUUCUUUGCUAUCGCAGCAUCGAGCAGUGCGAUGGGGAGACUCUGAAAUGCCUGAAUGAGCACUAUCGAAACAUGUUCAAAAGGGUAUUUGAUUACCGCCAAAUCACCCCUUUUUCAGAGGCUAUAGAGGACGAGCUUUUGCUCAGUUUCGUAGACGAUUGCGAGGUGGACCUGGAUUAUAGAAUGGAUGCGGAAUCCAAACUGAAGCAGGCAGCCAAGCUCAAACAAAAGGAUUUGCGUAAGCACGGUGCUCGAAACCAGUACGAACAGCAGGCCAUUUCCAGCAUGAUGAGAACUCUUAGUGUCAGCGAUGCGGCACCGAGCUUAGAGGUCCCUUCAUCACCCCAGGAAAUUGCUCGAAACGAGGCUAAGAACUGGUCACGAGUUGUGGACAAGAAGGAUCAGAAGCGGAAACAAGCCGAAACGGCUUUGAAAGUGAACAAUACACUUAAGCAAGAGGAGCCGCCGACUCCUGAACUGAUGCCCAUUGAGAGAAAGCUCCUGAAGGAGCAAACUCCUCCACCAACCUCCCCCGAAACGGAAUCCACCACGCCACUGAGCAAGAGUUACAAUCUAGAUUUCAGCUCUUUGACGCCCCAGUCGCAGAAACUUUCGCAAAAGCAACGGAAGCGUCUCUCUUCCGAAUCGAAGAGUUGGCGAGCCAAUAACCCACCCCUGGUGGAGCAAUCCUCCACCCCAGUGGCCGUGCCGAAUGCUUGGGGAGUGACUGCCACGCCAUCGGGAUCCUUCAAUGACUCCUUUACUUCUCCGACCACUGGAAGCAGUUCGGAUCCAACUUCGUUUGCCAAUAUGAUGAGGGGACAGGCUGCCUCCUUCAAGCCCACGGAGCAAGGCCAAAGCUUCUCGCGCAUCCUGGCGGAUGAGAGGAAACAACGGGAGUCGUAUGAGCGCAUGCGUAACAAGUCUUUGGUUCAUACUCAGAUCGAGGAAACUGCCAUUGCCGAGCUAAAGGAGUUUUACAACGUGGACAACAUUGAUGACGAGACCAUCACUAUUGUCCGCAUGUCCAGGCCCAGUGACAUCAACUUUAGCACCUGGUUGAGAAAGUAAUCCGUAUCUGCCAUUCAGGAAGCUAUGUAAUGUGGAGUGUUUGUCGAUUCGUUUUUGUUUUUAUUAGAGUGUCCGAAUUGUAAGUGA